AUGGGAACGGUAGAUUUGGCGCAUGUAUUGGCGAAAUGGGUCAUCGCCGCGGGGAUUUCCGAUCAGGACCAGUAUGAGGAAAUGGUGUGGAACAAGACUAAAGAGGUCAUGGCGGAAUUUGUGGACUACAUGCAGAAUGAGAACAUAAUACUGUAUGCAGCGCCCUGUGGUAACGCAGGAUGGGAGCACCCCGACCACAACGACGGUCACACCUAUCUAAACCAAAAGGUCGGCGAUAAAAUUGUAUGCGUACUUAUGGUAGGGGCAUUAUAUUACAUGAAUGGGUGGACUAGUUCAGAAAAGGCUAGACAAAAGGAGGAUGCAACCAAUGAGAAAAUAAGGAAGCACUUACGAUGUGCAAUAGUACAUAUGUUCAGUUAUAUAUUAAGAGAGUCCGUGUGCAAAAGUGAAUGGGGGACAGAUUAUGCAUGGAGACAGAUGACAGAAAUGGAGACUGGGACCGGAGGAUGGCAGGGAGGUUUGAUACAGACGGGGACAUGUGGCAAAGACCUAUUUGCAAAUGGGAGGGUGGGACAACUCGACUUAAAUGCACAGGUCAAACAAUGGUUACGGAACAAUAGUAGACUACAACAACGGCUUAAACAAGUGAAGGGAGAUAACACGUGUCAGACACAGUGGCAGAAGAAAUGGAGCAUAGCUAAUUUCUUGAAUAAAGAGGAUACGGAGCAUAAGGAAAACUUAAAAAUUACUAAGAUAGUCGGCGAAUUGAAGGAACGAAUCAUCGACCUACUUAAGGAUCUCGGGAACCAGGUAGACGAGGACGUACAAAAACGGCAACAAGCGAAGAAGGGGAAGUCAGCGAAGGAUGACAAAAGCGGACAGGCUGCCACCAAGGCGGCCACCGGCACAACACCACAGGAAACGACAGCUACGACCCAGGACAAACACGCAGAAGGCACGAGUAACGAGAAGAAAGAAGACAAGAAAGAGGAGAAGAAAGAAGAGAAACAGGGUGACCAAGGGAAUAAGGGAGACCAAUCACCAGUCCCCUCAGUACCUGCAGCACCAUCACAAGGGAGGUCCGAUCCAGGGUCAGCGUCAUCAACGACAGAAUCUCAACCCCAAGCACCGGCAUCUCCAGUAUUACCAGCCAGACCACCACCACCAGCGGAAACACCAACGGAACUGGCUACCGCAGCAGGAUCCACGACAUCUACAGGAACGGGACCUGGACCUGGACAACAACCCCCACCUCCACCACCUCCACCACCUCCACCACCUCCACCACCUCCACCACCUCCACCACCUCCUCCACCACAACCCGCACGUCCAGCAACUCCACCACCGGCAGGAGAAGACGGGAAAAAAGGAGCAAAGGGUGAAGCAGGUCCAACCGGACCACAGGCGGAUCCCGCAUCAGGGGCAGCUGGUGGACAAGCUCCAGAUAGUAAAGAACCACGACAACCGGGAUCGUCCGCGGUUGAAGACUAUAAGAGCAUAUGUGAAAACACGGACUCCGGUCCACAGAGCACUACUGUAAUAUCCUCCGGUGAUUCAAGUGUUAGUAUUACGCCUGUUACUUACACUUCUGGGGCGGAACCACCGUGUAAAUUCCUGAAGGAACUCGCAGAAAAGGAGGAAAGAGCAAAGUCCACCCCGAAAACUGUGGACAACACAAAAAAUGAUAAACGAGAGAGUGCUCCCAGCGGGGAAACUAAUGUACAAGGUAAUACUGAAUCCACGGAUACAGAGAGUAAGAAUGGGACAGAAGCAGGAUCAGCACAACCAACACCAGGAGCACCACCAGCAGCACCAUCACCGGCGGUACCUACAGGGGAACCCACACCACAAUCAACAGGCACAGAAACAACAUCAACAGCAAACGCCGGGGACGGUAGUACGCGUGACACGCAGGAUGCCGUCAUCGAUGGCGGCAACGAUGACCCCCCUCCUCUCAAUCCACCCAAACCAAAACCGGACAUCUCAACUCCGAACCCCGAUCAAUCCGGUAGUAGUGGCAGUUUCAGUGACGCUGAUUUGGCGGAUGGAGUUUCUGGUGGGGCAGGAACAAAGGAUCCUGCUGAAGGACCAGGUAGUGGUUCACCUGGGGGACAGGGUGUUGCUAUUACAGCUAAUACUGACGUAAGUGCUCCUAAGAAAGCAGAUGGGGGGGGUAAAAGUGGAGGACCCGGUCGAGGAGACGGAAAACCGCAUGGUGAUGGCCGCGGCACAGAACAUAUCACCCCUGCCGUUGUGCCCGGCCUCAGAUGGGAAGAUGUCAAGCCGUACACCCCAGCGAUGCUCCCCGCGCUGGUUGGUAUUGGGGUCAUUGCCUUUUUCUUAUGGAAGUAUUUUGCGUACCUCGCCAAACGACGACGAAUAUAUCGAACCGUUCGGGACGUGCCGUCACCGCCACUCGACGAAGAAAUAUUGCAACAUCUACAACGCGGCGAGCCACCACCCGAUUACGGGUACACCAUGGUUACGCAACCUGCGUCAACAUCCGGUAGAGGCCGCCCACCACGCGUGCAUAAGCGCACCAUCAUUGAACUACAUCUAGAAGUGCUCCACGAAUGUGCAGCGGCCGAAUGGGAAAACGUCAAAGACGACUAUUUGCAGAUUGUAGUGAAGCAGUUUGCGCAGCCGUUUGCUCAGGAGUUGAUGCAGAACGAGGACACGAAUAACAACAUCUUGGAUGCUGCUACCACAAACGAUGGUUUAUCAGGGAACCAUGUUUCCUUCGCCCUGGAUCCACCCGCUGACAAUUACAAACGGACCGUUCUGCAUAUAACGAAGAUGACCCCGAUCCAUGCAAACGACCCCGAUCCAUGGGGUUGUAUGGAAACCAUACGGUUAGCAACGGACCCUUCUGCACCUAACGAAGAUGACCCAGAUCCAUGGAGUUGUAUGGACACCAUACAAUUACAAACGGACCCUUGUCCACCGAAUGAAGAGGACCCGGAUCCAUGGAGUUGUAUGGAAACUGCACCGUUAGAACACGAAGACAGUCCUUCGCCCCCUCCAUCCUCUUCCGACCCCGGGAAUGAAUGUCCGACCCCCGACCACACUAAUUGGAUUAACUGGAUUGCGCGACACAAACAUAUUCUGCGGCAGUGCAUGACGCAACCGUGGUUUUUGCAAUUAAAAGCGGAUUGGAAACAAUACCUGCUUGCACACAUGGUGGCACAGCAGGACAACGUAGUAUCCGGGCAGCGUGCAUUAGGUGAAGCGCCAACCGUGCCGAUGAUGAAACUGGACUUGUGGAAAGAAUGGGUAGCGCAACAACAUCGGCAAAUGAGUGUACAUAGCGCCGAGGAGUGGUUUCAACAUUUGUUGAAUAAUGCAGACGCGGCGACAGAAUCGCAAACAGGGGACGUACCUGGAGUCGAAAAAGGCAUAGAAGUGGAACAAGUAAUGGCCGCAGAAGAUGUUCUAAGAGUGCGAGUUGCACCAUGCAACCAGCCACUGCAUCGGCAACCGGACAUGCAAAAAACGUUAACCGCUACAACAUGGAUGCUCAUUCUAGCGUGCGUUAUAGAAGACUGCGAGGUCGAAUGUCGUUUGCAGGAGAAGGAGCUAUAUGUGGAUGACCUAUUGGAGCAACUGUGA